CUUCAACCCCUCUCUCUCGCGGUCACAGAUUCAGAUCUCUCGGAACCAAAACCACUUAUCAGAGAUCGAAACCCUAACGAUCCUCAAUCUCUCUUUCUCUCUCGGUCGCUCGCGAUUCGAUCUGGAUAGUUCCUCACGGUGGCUUCCUCAGGGUCGCAGAGCCUGUCUCGAAGAAAACAUUCUUCUUCGUCGUCUUCGACUCCGUCAGGGACUUCUUCACCGGGAGCAGCUCGGAUCGUGUACAGGGAGUCUAGAGAGGCGCUGCAGUCCGAUUUCCCUUUCUGGCAGCAGAACUGGUUCAUAGGGUUGCUCUUCGUCAUGGCACUCGGAUUCUUCGCUCUCGCUUUAUUCCUCUUCCUCGUCCUCGAUCCUGACUACGUCUACUCUUCCCCCGCCUCCGCCGCUGCUUCCUCUGAAGGCGUCGAGAUUACGUAUGGGACAGUUCUUAAGUUGAUGCACGAGAAGACCAAGUUUCGGUUGCAUUCCCAUGAUGUACCAUACGGUUCUGGUAGUGGGCAACAAUCAGUUACUGGGUUUCCCAACGUUGAUGACGCCAAUAGCUACUGGAUUGUUAGACCACAGCCAGGAACAUCUUCCAAACAAGGCGACGCCAUUAAAAGUGGGACAAUCAUCAAGCUUCAACAUAUGAGAACUAGGAAAUGGCUGCACAGCCAUUUGCAUGCAUCUCCAAUAACAGGCAACCUAGAGGUGAGCUGCUUUGGGGGAGAGGGUGAGUCUGACACUGGGGAUUAUUGGAGGCUGCUGAUUGAAGGGAGUGGAAAGACUUGGAAGCAAGAUCAAAGGAUUCGGCUUCAACAUGUAGACACCGGCGGCUACCUGCAUAGUCAUGACAAAAAAUACACCCGCAUUGCUGGAGGGCAGCAGGAGGUUUGCGGUCUACGAGAAAAACGUGCCGACAAUGUUUGGUUGGCAGCUGAAGGCGUGUAUCUCCCUAUUACAGAAAGCAAGUAGAACUGUAGUCUCUUUCGCUAAGCACUAUUAAUUUGUGAAAUCAGGUACAUGGGUUUUGGAUUUUUUUGGCGGCUGGUACCUGUUCUUAUAAUAGCAGUAGAUGUUCACUAAAUGAAAGAAGAUAUAUGCGUCUUAAUACUACAACGUUCAUCUAAUAAUUGUUAUUCUAUUAAGCAUUUUUGUGCGGGCUUUUAUACCUGCCAAAGAUAAUUGCUUUAACCAGUUCAUGUAUUGCGUGUUA